AAUGCAACAACUACCUUUAUAAGUCCAGGUGUCUCACAAGAUAUCGUCUUUUCAGAGCUCCUCAUCAUCGCAGCAAUUUGAGGAUCACAGAAAGGUCAUCAAAAUGCCAGCCAGCCUCUGUGGUACGUGGGACAUCAUCAGCAACGACAACUUGGAGGGCUACAUGGUUGCAAUGGGUAUCAGCCCGGGUAUACGAAAGAUUGCCCUGAAGCUAAAGCUCAAGAAGGUGAUUGAGCAGCUGGAGGACCAGUACGUCAUCAAAACUGUCAGCAAGUUCCGAAACUACUCGGUCUCCUUUAGGGAGGGUCAGGAGUUUGAGGAGUUUACCAAGGGACUGGACAACAGACAAGUCAAGUCACUGGUGAAGUGGGAGGGGAUUAAACUGGUGUGUGAACAGAUUGGAGAGAAGAAGAACCGGGGCUGGGCUCACUGGGUCGAAGAGGACAAGCUGCAUCUGGAGCUGUACUGUGAAGGAGAAGUCUGCAAGCAGGUUUUUUUAAGAAGAAUGGGAAAGAGUGAAGAGAAAUGAACGAGGUUUUUCUGAAGGAGUUACUCUGUGAUGACCAGCAUUGUGUGUUGGAUUCACCACUCGAACCCCUGACCUGCUAAACCACCAUAAAUCUAAAUGUAUUGUGUGUGAUUUUCUCUGUUAUCUAACUGCAAUGCUCAGUGCUCAAUGCUUCAAUGCUCAGGUGAAUAAUAAAAUAUUUCCUGAUGAUUUGGAUUUUCACCACUAGAUGGCAGCAGUACGUUAUAUUUGCUGAUACUGUCUAGUCUACACUGGUUUGUAGCUCAAUGGUGCUGGGCCUCCAAUAAAAAGCAAUGCCUGUCUUCGGUUCCCUUUAAAAUGGCUUAAAAAACAGAACACUUUGUAUAUAUUUUUCGUUUUAAAUAUAUUUCCUUUGCAUGGGCUUUCCAUCUGUUAUUUGGUUGAGCUUUUGGUAGAAGGCAAUGAUGUGACUGUAGAUACAUGUGUAUCCAAUGUAGUCCAGCCUGACCUAAUAAAAUGCUUUGUCAUUCAA